UCUCCUCAUCUCCAUCACAGCCACCAUCUCUCCGGCCAGUUGAGAAUCCACCGUCCAACUUCGGCCCUGUCCACCGUAACCUCCAUCUUCAAAGCCCACCUCCCACCAUGGCUACAGCGGCAAGUCCCUUCCUCCGCCUUGAACGAUUAUGGAGUCUCUCUCUCUCUCUGGUGUCCUCUUCCAUCGUCCUCCCUUCGAGUUCCUCCAGCGAGCUCCUUCCGUGAAGUGCGGCCGCGACAAUCUGGAAACAUGGUCGCUCGAGCUUUACCCUGGCCACAAGCUAGCUCGAGAAGCCAUGGCCUCAUCCAGAUCUGGACGAGCAACAUUGGAGCCAACCGCGAGCGAUGACGAAAGGGAUGGAGACGGUGGCUGGAGGCUGGAGAGGAGGUGUGCGAAGAAGAAGAUAAAAAUUAAAUUUUUAUUUAUUUUUAUUCCACUCGGCAGACACGUAUCAACCUAUUCUUGGACAUUGGUAAAAAAGCGCACCGGCACAAUUCAUGCGGUACUUGCAACCACAAUAUUUUCUCCCUUCUCUCUCUCACUUCUUCGUCAACGUCAACGAGAAGAGAGAGAAGGACGAGCCCAUGGGCCCUCUCCUCGUCUAUAAUUACUCUACUCACUCUACUCCCCUCUCGACUUUGAUUUCACAAGAGAGAGAGAGAGAGAGGUUACAAAGCGAAAGAGAGAGGGGGAGAGGAUGAGCGUGGAGAGAGAGAGAGGAAGGCACUGUGUUGGUUCCGAAGAAGGUGUCACAGGCCAUAAUCGCCCCCACGGAGAGAUGGCUGAGCGUCUGCACCAGGAGACGUGGGGGGAGAGAAGGCGGAGACUGGAAGCAUUAUUAAUCACGGCCGACGUGAACCAGCAACAGCACGAUCCUCCACAACCCGACAAUAUUUUGGAUCCCCAGCUUUACUCGGCUGCGAAGGGACGGGAUGUCGACGAGUUCAUCGGAGCCCUGGAGGGUCAUUGCAUCAGGGAAAGAGCGUCGUUACCCAUUGUUCUCGGGCGACGCAGCCCCUUGGGGAAUACACUGCUUCACGCUGCGGCAGAGACCAGUGAUAAUGUCAGAGCAAUCAUCGAUUUCGUCCCUGAGCACUUGAUCUCUUGUAAGAAUUCCAAAGGAGAGACGCCGCUGCACAUUGCAGCUAGAGCUGGGAUUGUCGGUGCGGUGGAACUUCUCCUUCACCGGGGGGGCCUAACAUGCACUGACCACAACGGCAACUCCGCUCUGCACGAGGCUGUGAGGCACCGUCGUUAUGAGGUGAUCCGUAAACUGGUUAAUGAAGACCCCAAUCCGCUGUAUCGUCAGAAUAAGGAAAGCAAGUCACCAUGGUGCGUAGCAAUCGAAACAGGGGACAUAGAGGUUCUCAAGGUCUUGUUGGCAGUACCAAACGACGGUGAAGACGAGAGGAGAUUAGAGACUAAAGAUGUCUUCGGCAUGUCACCCGUUCACGUUGCCAUUAUGUACCGGAAUAUGGAUAUGCUGGAAGAGAUGCAGAAAACGAAGUCGUGGCUAUUUCAAGUGAGAUACUUAGAACAGGGCACUCCACUCCACUUAGCAGCGUACACCAAUUAUCUUGAUGGAGUCAAAUUCUUGAUGCAACAUUACCGAACAAACGCCCUGGAGCAAGACAGCACGCUUGGUUAUCUUCCUAUUCAUGUUGCGUGCAUGAUGGGUCACGUCAAGAUCGUCAACGAGUUACUUCGACGAUGGUCAGACCCUGCAGAGUUUCUAACUAGGCUGGGACAAAACAUUCUUCACGUGUCAGCACAGAAUGUAUGCACUGCAACUGUCAAAUACAUAUUGAAUAAUCCCAAAUUCAAUAGCCUCAUAAAUGCAAGAGAUUUAGAAGGGAAUACGCCUCUGCAUGUGGCGGUGUCGCAUUACCAACCUUCAGUCUUGCUUCUUGCACGAGACAGCAAAACUGAUCUUAGUUUGAUCAAUCAUAAUAACAUGACGGCUCUCGACAUGAUAGAGCGAGACAUUAUAGCAUCUGAUGAUUUAAUCUCGAAGCGUUUUAUAUGGGCAAUUUUGCUUUCUGCUGGAGCACCAAGAAGUAUGGAAUCAGUUAUCUGCGAUCCUACUGGUCAGAUCCCACUGAAACGAUUGAUACUAUCGAGAGCGGGUACGCUCACGGAGCACGUGAGUACUCUCUUGGUCGUGGCGACACUUACAGCCUCUGUCACUUUCGUUUCUGGAUUUUCCGUUCCCGGAGGAUAUUAUGGUUCUGACACAAAUGCUGGACUCCCGGCAUUGCUCCACAAAGCCAUGUACAAUGUCUUUGUGAUUAGCAACUCCACAGCCAUGUACAGCUCGAUCAUGGCAAUCGUGCUGCUCUUAUUGUCAAUUAUUAAUCAUCCUUACGUGAAGGGAGUGGCCAUUUUCCUAUCAGUGAUGCCAUUGUGGGUAGCUAUUACCGCAAUACCUUUGGCAUUCAUGGCAGGCAUCUACGGGACCGUAACCAAACUGUAUUGGCUCUCGAUACUUGUCUUGGUCCAUGGAUCCCUCGCCCUCUUCUUUUUCUUGAGUAUUUUCAUUUUGUUGGUUUUUCCGCAUGGGUGCAGAAAUCCUCUUAUACGUCGCUUCAGCGACCAGAUCACUUAUUGGAUUCUUUGGAUAGGAAGACCGUAGAGAGCGGGACCGCGAGACGUGCCCCUUCCCCUUCCCCCUUCCCACCGAAUAGAUGAUUUAGCCUACAGGUUCCAGAAAGAUGGCGUCCGAUCCCUUCUCUUCUCAAAUCUAUUAUCUUCUCACCAAUCAUGUACCAACAUCUGUACCUUCAGCUCCUUUUUAGGUUAUUUUUAUUUCAUAAAAAAAGUAAUGAUUCGAAAGUUAUUUUUCU